UGAGCUGGACUUGGGGACUGUAGCGUCCGCACGGCAGAACAGCCGGCAGAAGUUUGCAGGGAGGUGGCACCAAACUUCCCCAGCUGCACCGAGACGGUGCAGGGGAGGACGGACGGACGGACGCCAGGGCUGCGGCCACCCAGGGACACCCGUGAGGUGAGCGCCAGCUGCGGAGCAUCCCGACCCCUCUGCGCCCAGCCAUGUCCCCGGUGGUGAAGGAGAAGAACCACGUGCGGUUGGUCUUCUUGGGUGCUGCCGGCGUGGGCAAGACAGCCCUCAUCCGCCGCUUCCUGAUGGACACCUUCGAGCCCAAGCACCGGCGCACGGUGGAGGAGCUGCACAGCAAGGAGUACGAGGUGAGCGGGGCCACGGUCACGGUGGAAAUCCUGGACACCAGCGGCAGCUACUCCUUCCCGGCCAUGAGGAAGCUCUCCAUUCAGAACAGCGAUGCCUUCGCCCUGGUCUACGCCGUAGAUGACGCCGAGUCCUUUGAGAGCGUCAAGAGCUUGCGGGAGGAGAUCCUGGAGGUGAAGGAAGACAAGUUCCCUCCCAUCGUGGUGGUGGGCAACAAGGCGGAGAGCGGUGGCGAGCGGCAGGUGCCGGCGGAGGAUGCCCUGUCGCUGGUGGAGCUGGACUGGAACAGCCGCUUCGUGGAGACGUCGGCCAAGGACAACGAGAACGUCCUGGAGGUCUUCAGGGAGCUGCUGCAGCAAGCCAACCUGCCCAGCCGGCUCAGCCCGGCGCUCUGCAAGAGGAGGGAGACGUUGCCCAAGGAGCAGGCACUGAGGCCUCCCAUGAACAAGACCAACAGCUGCUCGGUGUGCUGAGCCGGCCGCCCGCGGGAAGGCGCCGGUGGCAGCGGCAGCGGCUGGAAACUCAGGUGGGCUGGGUGGGGAGAGGCGCUGCCUCGGCCGAA